AUGGGGAACUUUGAUUUUCAGCGUGAAAGUUUUGAAAAACCUACUUAUAUUCAAACUUUAAAUACAUCAUCUAAUGCAGUUUUUUACACUCUUUCUUUUGGUGAUCAUCUUCAACAAUCUCAUCCAAAUCCAUCAUGUGAAUACUGUGGUACACUCUUUAAUUCAACAAAUGCUCUUGACUAUCAUAAAUUAAAUGAAUGUGAUAAAAUUACGGUACCUUGUGCUCUCAGAGAUUAUGGAUGCGUAACGUCCGUGAUUCGUGCUGAACUACCACAACAUUAUAAAAGUGAACAACAUCAAACUGCAAUAAUUAUUUUCAUACAAAAAGUUUUCUCAAAAUCGACAAAUGAUCAAAAUGAAAGAUUUUCGACAAUGGAUGUUGAUACAUUUCCUCAUACUACAAUGUUAUCAUCCGAAAAUGUAAAUACUCCAUUGCAAGAAGUGUGUGAAACAAUUGAUAUUCUCGCUGGUGGAGUUUCAGCAUUGAAUGAAGAUACACAACGAUUGAACCGUGAAUCAAUUAAUAUAAAUAAUGUUAUGGAUACAUUGACUCGUGAUUUUGCACUAGUGAAAUUAAGUAUUCAAGAACACAAUACAUAUUUAGAUGGACUUAAACCUAAUCAGGAUAUUCUUAAUCAAGAUGUUGCAUCGUUAAAACAAAAAUUAGAUGAUAUGCAAUUUGUUUCUUAUGAUGGUGCAUUAUUAUGGAAAAUAACAAAUUUUGCUGCUAGAAUGGAAGAUGCACUAUCUGAACGACAAACAUCAAUCUAUUCACCACCAUUUUAUUCAUCACCUACUGGGUAUAAAAUGAGGGGUCGGCUUUAUUUAAAUGGCGAUGGAAAUGCUCGUCGUACACAUAUUUCACUCUUUUUUGUUUUAAUGCGAAGUGAAUACGAUGCAAUUCUCAAAUUUCCAUUCAAUUACAAAGUGACGUUCUGCUUAUACGAUCAAACUUCAACACAACGUCAUAUAAUUGAUUCAUUUCGACCGGAUGCUAAAUCAAAUAGUUUUCAACGUCCACGAUCUGAAAUGAAUAUUGCAAGUGGUAUUCCGAAGUUUUGUCAAUUAUCAACAAUUCAACAAGAAGGAAAUGUUUAUGUUCGAGAUGAUACAAUGUUCAUUAAAAUUAUGGUCGAUUUCGGUGAUACACCUAAAACAUUAUUACCAUUUGCAUUAAAUCUUAAUCCAGGAUUUCCAGUGAAUAUUCAACAAGCAAUGAUUAAACAAGAAACAGAAAAACGGACUCAACAAACUUCCACUCCACCAGCUACUUGA